CAGUCACAUGUGCAUUUUACUUUUCAUUACUGCACAUGUGCGUAAUGAGAUACAGUACAAUAUUGAAAUUGGUGAAAUAAGCGAUAAGUUACUUAAAUGUGUUAUAAAUAAAUGAUUAAUUGCUUCAUUUGAAUAAAUAAAAACUGACGAUUUCAAUCAGUAAAACACCCAAUAAAUUGGUCAAAUCUCAAUCAUAUUAUUGAAUGGAUAUAUCCAGAAUUUGAAGAUUAAAGGUGUGUCCAGUUUAAAUAUCGAAAGUGUAAAUUACGACAAGUUGUUGGGCCAUCUUGAUUUAAACAUGGUUAUGAAAGGAAUGCAACUAGAAGUUGACAAAUACGAAGCUGAAGCUAGCUACGGCAGUACGCAACGCUCUCAUACUCGUAGAGGAGCUAGAGCUCAACUUUCUGGCACCCUCGACAUUUCAGAGCUGCGACUUGUCUUGGACUCCGUUUUGAGGGUGACCCCUGGCCAACCCGUUGACAUUGUUAACAUCAACACUGACAUUACCCUGGGAGAUAUUCGGGCUGACUUCAUAGCUGACUGGAAAUGCUUGAGCUGCUUAGAAUCACGUGACGUUUCCUCAAUCGUCAAUUACCUACUAAACGUGAAGGUGAAGGAGAUAUUGACGAAGUACAAGGAAGAAUUGAAUACUUUCGUCGCACAAGGUAUCAAGCUGGCCGUGAACAGGAAAUCGAACUAAUUAUACGUGUGAAUUUUCAAUCAAUUUUAUGGCAAAAUAAUCUAAUUAUAAACUCAGUUUUAAACUAG